AUGUCUUCUUGGAUCGCGGCUCCGCUGGUGGCUUUAACCGGGCUGCUGCUGUCACUUUCGGCCGGGGCUGAUGUGAAGGCUCGGAGCUGCAGUGAGGUGCGGCAGGCGUAUAGUGCCAAAGGCUUCAGCCUGGUCAAUAUACCCUUUCAGGAAAUAGCAGGGGAACAUUUGAGAAUCUGUCCUCAGGAGUAUACAUGCUGCACCACAGAAAUGGAGGACAAGUUGAGCCAACAGAGCAAACUGGAGUUUGAAAACUUGGUGGAGGAAACAAGUCACUUUGUGCGCACCACCUUUGUGUCCAGGCACAAGAAGUUUGAUGAAUUUUUCCGAGAACUUUUGGAGAAUGCAGAAAAAUCCUUAAAUGAUAUGUUUGUACGAACAUAUGGAAUGCUGUACAUGCAGAAUUCAGAAGUGUUCCAGGACCUCUUCACAGAAUUGAAACGAUAUUAUACAGGAGGCAAUGUAAAUUUGGAGGAGAUGCUGAAUGAUUUCUGGGCUCGGCUAUUGGAGCGAAUGUUCCAGCUCAUAAACCCCCAAUAUCAUUUCACUGAGGACUAUCUGGAGUGUGUAAGCAAAUACACAGACCAGCUGAAACCAUUUGGAGAUGUACCCAGGAAACUGAAGGUUCAAGUGACUAGAGCUUUCAUUGCUGCACGGACCUUUGUUCAGGGGCUGACUGUAGGCAGAGAGGUUGCAAACAGAGUAUCCAAGGUCAGUCCAACCCCAGGGUGCAUCCGUGCACUAAUGAAGAUGUUAUACUGCCCUUACUGCAGAGGACUUCCCACUGUGAAACCUUGCAACAACUACUGCCUCAACGUAAUGAAGGGCUGCCUAGCAAAUCAGGCCGAUUUGGACACGGAGUGGAAUCUGUUCAUAGAUGCUAUGCUAUUGGUAGCAGAGAGAUUAGAGGGACCAUUCAACAUUGAAUCAGUCAUGGAUCCUAUCGAUGUCAAGAUUUCUGAAGCCAUCAUGAACAUGCAAGAGAACAGUAUGCAGGUGUCAGCAAAGGUCUUUCAAGGAUGUGGCCAGCCUAAACCAGCACCUGCUUUAAGAUCUUCCCGCUCUGUUCCCGAGAACUUCAAUACCCGCUUUAGGCCAUACAAUCCUGAGGAGAGACCAACAACAGCUGCUGGCACAAGUUUGGAUAGACUGGUAACAGACAUUAAAGAAAAACUGAAGCUUUCAAAAAAGUUCUGGUCAACUUUACCAUAUACUAUCUGCAAGGAUGAAAGAGUGACAGCUGGCAUGUCAAAUGAAGAGGACUGCUGGAAUGGCCAUACCAAAGCUAGAUACCUGCCUGAGAUUAUGAAUGAUGGGCUGACCAACCAGAUCAACAAUCCCGAAGUAGAUGUGGACAUCACAAGGCCCGACACCUUCAUACGGCAACAAAUCAUGGCCCUAAGAGUCAUGACUAACAAACUGAAGAAUGCAUACAAUGGAAAUGAUGUGAACUUCCAGGAUACAAGUGAUGAAACCAGUGGCUCAGGAAGCGGAAGUGGUUGCACUGAUGAUAUCUGUCCGACAGAGUUUGACUUCAUCACCACGGAAGCACCACCUGUUGACUCAGACAGGAGAGAAGUAGACUCUUCAGCAAUCCAGUCUAGCCAGUCACUGUUUACAUUGUUCAUCAUCUGCAUCGUCCUUGUACUGCAGAGACAGUGGAGAUAA